AAAAAUAAAAACCUCCAUCAGUAAAAAUCGAGAGAGAGAGAGAGAGAGAGAACGAGAAAGAUGGGUUGUGUUUCUUCAAAACCAGUCAAGAAAAAACAUGUAAGAGAGAUUCGAGUCAACAACGGCGGUGAUCACAUCGUCUCUCUUACUUCCACUACUUACGGUCAUCUCGAUGUCCACGAACGAACACAGACUUCUCCAAAGUCACAAGAACUCUCUAAAGGCGAUGACUUUGAAUCCGAAACCAUCAAACCAAGGAGAUCUACUGAUAAUCCAGAGAUUAUCAACACGUGGGAGCUUAUGGAAGAUCUCGAAGAUUCAACGAAGAUUAGCCCCAAAUCUCGUGGGAUUUUCGGGAAAUCAUGGAAGACUCCGGUGAAAUCGGUUGUGGAAUCUCCAAAGAGGAUUGGUAGUAGUAAGAGAUUCAGGGGAAAAGAAAACAGAGGAGGGAAACAGAGUCCCAACAUUCUCGAGACUCCGAAGAGAGGCGUGAUGCGUUUGAGUUUCCCUCUCAAAUCAGAGGAGCCUUUAGCGGUGGUUACUCAGAGGAGGAAGAGUUUCAGUCCAAUGUUCGAUCCAGACCUCGUGGCUUCUUACGAGAGAGAGUUGUCUCAAGAGAAAGAACAGAUCAAGAUGGUGAUCUCUCCAUCCCCAAACGAGAAAAUCUUUGACCCUUUCCCGGAGAAGUGUCCACCGGGAGGAGAAAACUCGGUGGUCGUUUACAUAACAACGCUGAGAGGGAUAAGGAAGACGUUUGAGGAUUGCAAUGUGGUUAGAUCGAUACUAGAUUCUCACGAAGUUCGUUACUUGGAGCGAGAUGUGUCGAUGCACUCUGUUUUUAAGGAGGAGAUUAGGGGCAUUAUGGGGACGAAACAGGUGAGAGUGCCGGUUGUUUUCGUGAAAGGGAGGAUGAUAGGAAGCGUUGAGGAAGUGAUGAGGUUAGAGGAGGAGGGUAAAUUGGGUAUUUUGCUUGAAUCUAUGCCUAAGGCGAGGGUAAGCGGUUGCUGCUGCGGAUGCGGUGGGAUGAGGUUUGUGAUGUGUGGUGUUUGUAAUGGAAGCUGUAAGGUUAUGGAUGUUGAGAAGAAGGAUACAGUUAAGUGUUUGGAGUGUAAUGAGAAUGGUUUGGUUCUCUGUCCAAUUUGCUCUUGAAAUAGAUUUCCUUUUUUCAAUUUUAUUGUGAAAUUGAGGGAGGUUGUAAGAGGGUUGACUUAAUUUUGGAUGCUAACUUUGCAAUUGAUGGGUAUGAUUUGUGAGAGUUUCUAAAGUUGGGUUUAUGUCUUGGUGUGUACUGGUAACUGCAUCUAUGUUUUAAUGUUUGUAAACGUUUUUAAAUAAGACGCAUUUUAUUU